AUGGAUACAGGAAAUCAUUCGGUGGUGUCUGAAUUUUUGUUGCUGGGACUCACCAGUUCUUGGGAAAUUCAGAUUCUCCUUUUCCUGUUUUUCACAAUAUUUUAUGUAGCAAGCAUGCUGGGAAACCUUCUCAUUGUGCUCACAAUCAUCUCAGAUCAUCACUUACAUUCCCCAAUGUACUUCUUGCUGGCAAAUCUCUCCUUUAUUGAUACAGGUGUGUCCAGCAUUGCAACUCCAAAGAUGAUUUAUGACCUCUUCAGAAAACGUAAAAUCAUCUCUUUGAAAGGGUGCAUCACUCAGAUGUUCUUUAUCCACACUGUUGGAGGUACAGAGAUGGUGCUGCUGAUAGUCAUGGCCUAUGACAGAUACACUGCCAUCUGCAAGCCCCUCCACUACCUGACCAUCAUGAGUCCGAGGAUGUGCAUUUGUCUCCUGGCUGUUGCUUGGAUCAUUGGGUUCAUUCACUCUCUAGGCCAGCUGGCUUUUGUUGUAAACUUACCCUUCUGUGGAGCCAACAAGAUGGAUAGCUUCUAUUGUGAUUUUCCUCGGUUCAUCAAACUUGCAUGUGUAGACUCCUAUAGACUGGAGUUCCUGGUCAUGGUCAACAGUGGUUUCAUCUCCAUGGGCACCUUCUUCAUCUUGAUUGUGUCCUACAUCUUCAUUUUGGUCAUGGUUUGGAAGCAUUCUUCAGGUGGUUUGUCCAAGGCACUCUCCACUCUCUCAGCUCACAUCACUGUGGUAGUUUUCUUCUUUGGUCCUUGCAUUAUCGUCUAUGGGUGGCCGUUCCCUACUUUACCUAUAGAUAAAUUUUUAGCUAUCUUUGAUGCCAUUAUCACACCUUUUAUGAAUCCUGUCAUCUAUACAUUUAGAAAUAAGGAGAUGAAGGUGGCAAUGAGGAGACUCCUUGUUAAGACUUUACAUUUCAGAAAGAGUCCUAUCAUGUGCAGUCAAAGAAAUUCAGAUAAAUAUUGA